AUGAUGGCUGCGGCGGCGCUCAGGCCGCACAAGGCUUCGCCGGCGCGCGUGCCCACGCAGUGCGUGGCCACGCUCUGCGCCGCCUGCUUCCUCCUCGGCAUCUGCGUCCUCAACAGGUACUGGGCUGUUCCUGAGCAUCCCGGUUGCCCAGACAAGGCAGGCUCCGACCACUCGAGGGCCGCGUUGAACCAAGUGUCACAGACUCGCGAAGUCAUCAUGGCGUUGGAUAAGACGAUAUCCGACAUCGAGAUGCGUCUGGCUGCAGCUAGAGCCGCCCAGGCGAUGAGCCAGGGCAUGUCACCGGACGACUCGGAGGGCGACCAGGGAACUGUGCGGCAUAGGAUGUCUUUUGUCAUGGGCGUUUUCACCACUUUUGCGAACCGGAAGCGGAGAGAUUCGAUAAGGCAAACAUGGAUGCCACAAGGUGAUCAGUUGCGAAGAUUGGAAGAGAAGGGCGGCGUUAUCCGUUUUGUUAUUGGACGCAGUGCAAAUCCAAACCCGUUUAAUGAAGUCGAUCGUGCAAUUGAUGCAGAAGAUAAAGAAUACAAUGAUAUCUUGAGAAUUAAUCAUGUGGAAGUCUAUGGAGGGCUCCCUAUGAAGAUUCAGAUGUUUCUUUCAACUGCUCUUACUAUGUGGGACGCUGAUUUCUAUGUAAAAGCUGACGAUAAUGUUCAUGUCAACAUUGGUAUCACCAGAUCGAUUUUGGCGCGACACAGGACGAAACAUUGGGUGUACAUUGGCUGCAUGAAAUCUGGACCCGUUAUUGCUAAAAAUGACUCCAAGUAUUAUGAGCCAGAUCAUUGGAAGUUUGGGACUGAGGGUAACAACUACUUUAGCCAUGCAACACAGCAACUGUAUGCUGUAACCAGGGAUUUGGCAACUUACAUAUCGGCAAACCGGCAUAUCCUGCACAAGUAUUCAAACGAAGAUGUAUCAUUUGGCUCUUGGUUGAUUGGGUUGGAAGUCGAGCAUGUUGAUGAGAGAAGCCUUUGCUGUGGUACUCACCCAGACUGCGAAUGGAAAGCGCAGGCCGGGAACCCAUGUGCGGCGUCCUUUGACUGGAACUGCACUGGCAUCUGCAAUCCGGUGGAGAGGAUGACAGAGGGCCCUGCGCAGGCGGUGGCUCAGCAGCAGCUGGGGAUGAAGAAGACACUGAUGGCGUGGGAUGGGCUGAAGAGGGUGCUGCGAGCGGGGGAGACUCUGGCGUGGGAACCAUAUGUGCGGAGGCUGGGGCAGGCGUAUCAGGAUGGGCAGGAACAUGAAUGCGCGACGGUGCCAGUUCCUGAAUAA